GCAUCAUAUUCAUCUAAACCACAUUGUUCUCUCACUUGAACCGUCCGAUCUAACGCCACGUCAGCUAUCCGCGUCAAAUUAAGAUUCAACGGUUCAGAUUAAAUGUCAAAGACGGUACUGCUUGGUGCAGUUGGUCGAAGCUUGUAACCCUUCUCUCUCUCUCUUUAAUCCAAAAAAAAUCUCUCCAAGAAAAUCGACUUAUCUCGGGAAAAUCUCUUUAAGAAGAUGACGGGAGUUAAUGAUGAUGAUAAGGAGUUGAAAGAGGAAACCGUGAUUCUCAGCGACGACGAUAGUGAAGUGGAAGAAGUUAAAGAGGGAGGAGGAGAAGAAAAUUCCGACGAGGAAGAAGAAGUCGAUGGAAGUGAAGGUGACGAUGAUGAGGAGGACGAAGAUGACGACGACGACGACGAAGUCCAGGUUUUGCAGUCCCUCGGUGGGCCUCCGGUACAGUCAGCGGAAGACGGAGAUGAGGAGGGAGGAGAAGACGGAAACGGAGAUGAUGAUGAUGAUGAUGAUGAUGACGAUGAUGACGAAGAUGAUGAUGAUGAUGAAGAUGAUGAUGACGGUGAAGAUGAGGAGGAUCUUGGGACAGAUUACCUUGUGAGGCCAGUUGGUCGGGCUGAAGAUGAAGAGGAUGCAAGUGAUUUUGAGCCCGAAGAGAAUGGUGUGGAGGAAGAUGAAGGUGAAGACGACGAGAAUGAUAACUCGGGUGCUGGCAAAUCCGAGGCUCCUCCCAAAAGGAAGAGAGGAGCUGCUGAUGAUGAGGAAGAGGAAGAGGAAGAGGAGGAUAGUGAUGAUGAAGAUGAUGCAAGGCCUCCAAAGAGGUAGUUUUUCAAGGAACUGACAACAACAACACGAUUCAAACAAACAAAAACAGAGCUUUAUGGUUUUUUUUUUUUUAAUUUGGAGUCGUGAGAUUUGAAUCAUUGGUUGGGGUUCAUGUAAGUUUAUUAUGGAGCAAGAAGUAGUAGUUUAAGUUAUGUAGGGGCUUUUUUUUAUUUCGCAUUUUAUGCAAAUGUUGUUUCUUUUUCUAGUGAGUCAAUAACCAGUGUUUCUGGAACAUUUGCUGUCUAAUGCCAUUUCUUUAUCAGUUUGUUCUGUAUCUUUUUAUAUAUUGUGUAAAAAGAGUAGUGUUAAGUCUUUUCUUUUGUUGUUUUGGCUUGAGACGUUGUGGUUCUUGUAGUAUUCAAGUUUGUUGGAUAAAACAAAUUGAUCCGAG